UAGCGUCCUCUUUCAGGAAUAAUAGUAAAAAUAAUGGGAAUGUGUAGUCGGUUUAUAUAAUUAACUAUAGACUAUUGUAGAUACCACCAAGGAAUCUUUCUCUUCCAUUAAGACGAUUAAGCCGUUUUUCGGUGUCUGAUGGCUGAAGUUGGCCAUGUGAGAAUGUGGUGUGUAGCUGAAGUGAGUUCUUCUAGGUUAUGUGUCGUAUUUAUUCAAGAAAAAUGAGGAAUUUGUUUUUAUAUCACCACUUACGUAGUGAUUUUCAGACCAUUAGUAGCAUUCAAUGCUUUUGUAUCACUGGUCAUUCUGAAGGAGCAUAUGUUUGCAGUGAUAACGUAAUUUACAAGUUAUCAGCUGGAAGUGAACAAUUGGAAACUUUGUGCAGCCUUCAUGAAUAUUACGACACAUACAUUCCUACGGUUGUACAUAUAAGUUUCAGUUCAAUAAGAGAAUGUAUCUGCCUGGCAUUUAAAAAUGGGGAUGUUUUAACAAUUGAGUCUGAUUCCAAAGAAAUACAGUGUGUGGGAUGUGUAGAGAGCGGUUUGAAAGCAAUACAGUGGAGCCCUGAUCAAGAAAUAAUUGUUAUGGUAACCGGUCAGGACACAGUCAUAGUUAUGACUGGAACUUUUGAUCCUGUUACAGAGGUUGAUCUCAAUCAAAAUAAUUUUGGAGAAAAACAGUUUAUUACUGUGGGAUGGGGAAAGAAAGAAACACAGUUUCAUGGGUCAGAGGGCAAAGCUGCAGCUCGUGCUGUUCCAAAGCCAUUUAAACAAAUACCAAUUUUGGAUGAUGGCCAGCCCCGGAUUAGUUGGAGGGGAGAUGGAAGCCUCUUUGCUGUCAGUACUGUCAACCCAGAAUCAAACUCUCGCCAGAUACGUAUAUUUUCACGUGAUGCAGUAUUACAGUAUACAAGUGAGCCUACAUCAGGGUUGGAAGAAGCUCUUUCUUGGCAACCAUCAGGCAGUCUUAUUGCUUCAUCACAGAGACUACCAAAUAAACAUGUUAUUGCUUUUUUUGAAAAAAAUGGGCUCCGACAUGGAGAAUUUUUGCUACCAUUUGCCCCAGAUGAAUGUAAGAUACGCCUUCUUUCUUGGAAUUCUGAAUCAACUAUACUUGCUGUGUGGUGUGAAUACACUACAGGUAAAAUGUGUCUCCAGUUUUGGACAGUGAGUAAUUAUCAUUGGUAUUUAAAGCAAUGCCUCAGUUUCUCACCUGAAAGGAAGCUUUUGGGAAUGGAAUGGGACAUGUUGCAUGGGAAUCGACUUCAUAUAAUGUGUGAAGGUUUGUGCUAUAUGUGCUAUGAUUUGUGUUGGAUUACAAAUUGCAGCAUAGGCAAUACAGAAAAUGAUGGAGCCUUUGUGGCAGUAGUGGAUGGAGCUAAAAUUCUCUUGACCGCAUUUCGACGUGGAGUUAUUCCACCACCAUUAUGUGGACAAACACUGCAGGUGGCAUUGCCAAUAAAUAGUGUAAUAUUUGCACCCUGUAAGAAAGUAAACAACAGUUGUGCCACAGAUAAACAAGAUGAUUCCAACUUCAAUUCAAAUGAUUUGUGCACUAUUUUGUGUGACGGAAGUGUGGUAGUGUUUACUGAGUCAUCAUCAACUAAAUGUCAUAUACUGUUAAAUGCUUGUAACUUGAAUGAUGAAAAUGCAGCAGACUUACACCACUGGUUGUGGAUUAAAGAAGAUACAUUUCUUUGUUGUCGCACACAUGGCAGAGUUUCAUACUUAGUGGAAAUAUCACUUGAUCUCCAUGCAGGGAAAAUGAGUAUUAGAAAGGAAAUUCCUGCUGGUGGUAUAGUUUGUUCUAUUGUGUCAGCACCAGACAGCUCAGGAGCUGUUGUACAGCUAGCAGAUGGCACUUUGUUGAUCUAUAGUUUGGAUCAAAAUGAAAUGGUGAAGUAUUUGACACCUCUUCCUGAAGCAUGUGAGACAUUACAGGUCAGUCAUAUAGAUGGCAAGGAUAUAUCACUGGGACUCAGUAGACGUAAUCGCUUAUAUGUGGAUGGUCAAGAAGUGGCCAACAAUGUGACAUCAUUUGUGGUACAUUCAGAAUUCAUUCUACUGACAACUCUGAAGCAUGUGCUCUUGUGUGCUCGCUUAAAUGACAAGGGUUUGCAGUCAUUAAUAAGAGGGCAGUGUGGGCCAGGGCGGCGCAUUGAGAGAGGCGCACGACUGGUGACAUCUGUUGCAGGAGGUACUUGUGUUGUACUGCAAAUGCCGAGGGGGAAUCUAGAAUGUAUUCAACCACGCCCUCUUACACUACAUGUUGCAACUGUUCAUCUUGACGCUGGACAGUAUGGACCAGCUUUUCAGCUGCUCCGAAAGCAACGCAUUAAUCUGAAUCUCCUAUGCGACCACCAACCUAUGGAAUUCUUAGCAAAAAUUGAGCAUGUUAUAAACGAACUAAGAGAUCCUGCAUGGCUGUCAUUGUUCCUGUCUGAAUUACAGGAAGACAGUGUGGCACAUAGUAUGUAUAAGGAAUACUAUGCACAUUUGGAUCAGCUACCUGCCACACUGAAUAAUAAGGUCCAGGCGGUGUGUGAUGCAAUGCGUGAUGCUAUGUUGUGCCGGGAAAAUGCAGACCAAUAUCUACUGCCUAUACUUACUAGCUGUGUUCAGAAACAGACAGAUAAGGAUCUAGAAGAUGCAUUGAUUAGAGUGAAAACAGUGAAAGAAGCAGAGAGAAAGAAUGCCAAUCUUAUGGUAUCAGCAGAUGAUGCAAUGAAGUAUCUCCUGUACCUGGUGGAUGUAAAUCGCUUGUAUGAUGUUGCACUGGGACUUUAUGACUUUGAUUUAGUUAUGCAAGUUGCUGCCAAGUCAAACAAGGAUCCUAAAGAAUAUCUGCCCUUCCUCAACAAGUUACGCAGGAUGGAUCCAAAUUAUAGCUACUUUGUCAUAGACAAACAUUUGAAACGAUUUGAAUCGGCCCUUAAUCACAUUGCACUCUGCCAGGGAGACGAAUAUUUUGAAGAGUGUCUGAACCUUGUAAAGACACACAAACUUUAUUCAAAGGCCCUUGAUAUUUUCCCUAAAGGAAGCCCAAAGUAUCUGGAUAUAGCAACCAUUUAUGGAGAUUAUCUUAUGGACAAGAAGUUAUAUCAUGAAGCAGGUGUCAUGUACACAAGAGCUCAGGAAUACCAGAAAGCACUGGCAGCAUACCAAGUAGCUGGAGACUGGAGAGAAACAUUACUUACUGCAAAUCAGCUGCAGUAUAAGGAGAACAAGUUGCAUGAAUUGUGCCAGGAGUUGGCGUCAAGUUUAAAAGAUAGACGCCAGUUCAGUGAAGCUUCGAAGAUUCUCUGUGAUUAUCUAGGUGAUGUGGAGGAAAGCAUUGCUGUAUUGGCUCAAGGCAGAUUGUGGAAUGAGGCUGUUUGGUCUUCUUAUCAUCACAAAAGAGCUGAUAUGAUAGAGACUCAUGUGAAGCCAGGAAUAAUGGAACACUUGGAGCAGCUAACGUCCCAAUUCAUGAGUGCUCAAAAGGAAUUCAUUACAUAUAAAAGUAGACUAAAUGUGGUGCGAACAAAUAAAGAGCAGCGUCAAAUAGAAGAAAAAGAUGGUGACCCGCUAGAAGAAUAUGACAUAUAUUCAGACACGAGCAGUGUUAUGGCAUCAACUCUUCAUGGGUCACACAUCGGUUCCCAAGUAUCAAUGCGCAGCAGCAGAUCAAGUAAGAACAGACGUAAGCUUCAGCGGAAGAUGUUAAGUCUUAAAGAAGGAAGUGUGUACGAGGAAUUAGCAUUGAUUCGAGCCUUGCAUCAGCUCAUUACAGCUACUAACAAUGCUACAGAAGAAGUAGAAAGCUUAUGUCGAGUGUUACUCAAGUUUGACAAGGAUAAGGAAGCAACAAGCUUGCAGAAGCUUCUUUCAGAUCUGAUGCAAGAUAUGGACAAUGCCAAGAAUGAAAUAUGGACAACUGAUCUGCUGCAGCAGCCACAAAUGAGCUAUGGUUCUGAUGCAACAGUCAACAGUAUAAUAAACCAACACCAAAGUGCACUAAACCCAGGUCUUGCACUGUUAGAGCCACAUUUUAGGUUCCCACCACAAAAUAAAAGUAUUAGCUGGAAGAUCAGCAUACUCAAUACAGCAUGAAGACGUGGACAUAUCAGGUGAACAUACCAUCAGGAUUUAUCCUGCAGCAGUACAGGGAGCAUUCCAUAAUGGCCUUCAUGAGGCUGCACAUUUUUGUUGAUUAAUUCUUGGAAAUUCUGUAUCCUUCACCACAACAACCAUCUGUAGCAAAUGCUCAAGUUUUGCCCUCAUCAGUUACCCAGCAGGCAAUACAGAAAUAGGCUGUAAACCGACUAUUGUGUUUUAUGUAGUUGAAGUGUCUGAGAAUUUUAUAGAUAUAAACAGACAUUCAGGCACACACUUGCAGAUUUUAAGUGUUGGUGGUUAGUUACUGAUAUCAAUUCUGUUUUUGGGUAGUGAUACUGUGUGGUUGUGGGUAAUGUUGCUGACAUUUCAGGGGUACAGGAAGCCUCCAUUUUCAGGGUCAAAGUGUGUAGGUUGGUGAGUUGCUUAUGGGGAGAGAGACAAGACUCACACACACCCCCAUUCUUUUUUUAAAAGGUAGGGUGUAAAGGGGAUUGGUAUCUUGAGUCCACCAGUAGGAACAGUGGACAGGGAAAAGCUGUUGUCAUCAUCAACCACAACUACACUGUACACACACACAUAUUCUUUUUUUAUAAUAUGUGAAUGUUGAUUUUGUGUGAGUGUUUAUUCUUAUGGAGGUUGUUUACCAAAAUAUAACAUACAUAUUAAUUCCCAUAAUUAAAAUAUUAUUGUAAGCAUCUGUCAAAAGCUGCUUGCAGCAUCAGAACUAACGUACAAUGCCUGCGUCCCUGAGUUUGGGAAAUGAGUGCCUGGGAUUCAUACUGUUAUAAAUGUUAGAGCAUAAAAAUUACAUAAUUUUCAUAAAGGAAAUGAGGCAAACGUAUUUUUGUUCAUUUCCAUGACUGAUGUAAGUUUUGUUGCUAUACUUAACAUGCUUUUUUUUAUUGCUAGUGGGGUGGGACUAAGCCCCUUGUACUGUGGCC